AUGGCACCAGUCACAAAGAGCCAAAAAUACGAUUACUUGGUCAUUGGUGGAGGAAGUGGUGGACUUGCCUCCGCAAGAAGAGCUGCCCAAUACGGAGCCAAAGUUGCAUUAAUAGAAAGUAGUCACAAAUUAGGCGGAACUUGUGUUAAUGUAGGAUGCGUACCGAAAAAGAUUAUGUUUAAUGCUGGUGAGUGGAUAAUGAUACUGGGAACGUGUCCAUCAAUUAUCCUAGUGGUAGAUCGUGUAAUCAAGGAAAAAGGAAAUAAUAAACCUCUACAUUGUUGGACGCGAAUGCUCGUUAUACUAAGCAUCGUUCCGAUUCCCACGCAAAUAGCAUCAAUUGCCGAGGCCCUGCAUGACGCCAAGGACUAUGGGUUUGGCAUAAAAACGAUUCCCGAGUUCGAUUGGACAGCUUUCAAGCAGAAGCGCGAUGCAUACAUAAAACGUUUGAAUACUAUCUACGAGAAUAAUCUCAACAAGGACGGUGUUGAAUACAUCUGGGGUAAGGCUAGCUUUAUUGAUGCGAAGACGGUGAAGAUUAAGACCGAAGAUGCAGAGGCAGCAGUAAAUGCUGACCAUAUUUUGAUCGCCACCGGUGGUCGGCCAUUUUUCCCGGAUACGCCUGGCGCGGAAUUGGGAAUUGAUAGCGAUGGUUUCUUCGAUCUUGAGACACAACCCAAAAAAGUCAUUGUUGUUGGGACUGGAUAUAUCGGUGUUGAAAUGGCGGGAAUAUUUAACACACUAGGGACGGACACUACUAUAGUUUCGCGCUCGAAAGAAAUUCUUCGUACAUUCGAUCCAACGAUCAAAGACACUCUGCGAGAAGAAAUAAAGAAAGAAGGCUUGCGUCUGCUUACGGACGCAAAAGUCAUUUCUGUCACUAAGGAUCAAUCGUCGGGAUUGCUCAAAAUCGAGUUUGAUUCAAACGAAACUGGACGAACAGUGGAAGACUUUGACACGUUACUAUGGGCAAUUGGGCGAAAGCCGAAUGUCGAGGAUUUAAAUUUGGAGGCCGCAGGAGUUACGUUAGCCGAAGGCCACAUUCUUGUGGACGAAUAUCAAAAUACGGUUGUGCCGAAUGUUUAUGCGCUUGGUGAUGUUUGCGGUAAAGCACAGUUGACCCCAGUUGCCAUUGCUGCCGGACGCCAACUAGCCAAUCGACUCUUUGGUCCGCCUAGCUUUAAAGACGCCAAACUCGACUACAGCAAUAUUCCAACCGUUGUAUUCCAUGGCACUUGUGGUACCGUCGGAUUGACAGAAUCUCAAGCUCACGAGAACACAACCUUCACUAAUGUCAAAACAUAUACAUCCAGAUUCACCAAUAUGUACUACGCUAUGACGGAAAGAAAAGCGGUCACUUCAUACAAAUUAGUUGUCGCUGAUAAAAUAGACGAAUCCGGAACCGUUGUCAAGCGGGAACAAGUAGUGGGGCUUCAUAUAAUUGGUCGUGAUUCAGCAGAGAUUCUUCAAGGUUUUGCAGUUGCAGUGAAGAUGGGUGCUACAAAGUCACAGUUUGAUGCGACAGUUGCAUUGCAUCCCACCGCGGCCGAGGAGUUGCUGCAUGAGGAUGUAAUAGUCGGCACUGUCGAAGUAAAAAAUGAACUUUUCAAUCAGGGUAUGGCUCAGGCCCUCAUGCAAGUCGUUGCAUCGCUCGAAACGAACCGAAGAAAGCGCAAGCGUUCAGAAAUGGAGGACCAGUUCGUUGGUAAGGCAUGUGGAAUCGUCACAGACAGCAAGAGCUGGUGGUUUGUCGAAUGUACUAUGGAUGAGGACAAAAAGAAAUUCAAGAUUCAUUCCGAUAAGCCUGCUUCGCUCGAGUGGAGCGCGAAAGAUACAGAAAAGUGGGUGAAUAUGAGUACGGUGGAUAAGAAGCGCCGAAUUAGUUAA